AUGAGUUCUCCCUCCCAGCUUGCCAUACUCAGGUGUUGUUUAGCACUAUCAGAUAGCGAACCAAAAUGUACCGCGCCGCUUCGUGGUGUUUCUGUUGCAGUGAAAGAUAAUAUAUGCACGAAGCAAUUCAAGACGACUUGCUCAUCUGCUAUGCUUCAAGAUUUCAGACCUCCGUAUGACGCGACCGUGGUUGGACUAUUGCAUGGAGCGGGUGCUCGUAUUGUCGGUAAGACAAACUGCGAUGAGUUUGGUAUGGGUUCAUUUAACGUCCAUUCUAUUCAUGGACCGGUAGUAAAUCCAUAUCACUCUGCCGAGCUUCGUGGACAGGAGCGCCGAUCCGCUGGUGGAAGCUCUGGAGGAAGUGCUGCAGCCGUUGCCUCAGGAACAUGUCAUAUAGCUAUUGGUACAGAUACGGGUGGAUCAGUACGUCUCCCUGCUGCGUAUUGUGGAGUAUCGGGCUUCAAACCCUCUUAUGGUCUUAUUAGCAGAUGGGGUGUUGUGUCAUAUGCAGAUAGUCUAGAUUGUGUCGGGAUCCUAUCAAAGGACGUGGAAGAUGUUCAGCUUGCAUUCGAUGUGCUCUCAAAAUUCGAUCCAAAGGACCCCACUUCCGCUAGUGAAGAAGUUCGGAGGAAAGAAUCCCAGCUUUCGGAAGAGCGAAUAUCAGCGAAGGAUGAUCUGGGCGAUCUGGUUAUUGGCAUACCUCAGGAAUACUUUCCUGAAGAGCUUGACGAGUCAGCAAUAACGCCAUUACGGCAUGUGAUAGCACGCCUGAAGUCCGCUAUCGGUGCGAAAGUUGUCCCAGUAUCACUUCCUUCAACGCCAUUCGCACUAAGUGCGUACUACGUGAUCGCGAGCGCCGAGGCGAGUAGCAAUCUAGCAAGGUAUUCUGGUAUCCAUUAUGGACUACGUAUUGCACCACCACCAGAAGCAGAUAAGAGAAGAAUCUCAGAUGUAUAUUCUUACAGUCGCUCAGAAGGCUUUGGCCAUGAAGUGCAAAAGCGCAUACUCCUUGGGACGUAUGCUCUUACCGCAGAUGCAUUCGACAAUUACUUUCUGCAAGCACAAGCUGUCCGAAACCUGGUCAAAGCUGACUUCGACCGCGUCUUCCGCUCCCCAAAUCCACUUGCCCCGAUUCGCCACAGUCGUGGCGAUCUGGGUAGAGCGAACUCUCCGAGAGUGGACGUAUUGUUACAUCCCUCCGCUGUGAGGACUGCACCAACGCUCGCAGAAACCAAAGAGAUGGACAGGCUUGAAGCGUACGUCCAGGACGUGCUUACUGUUCCGGCCUCACUUGCCGGAUUGCCUGCAUUAUCUGUUCCCGCUGGAGUAGCGGAAGACGGUUGGCCGGUAGGCGUGAGCAUAGUGGGACAAUGGGGCCACGACAACUUGGUACUGAAAAUUGGCGAUGCGAUACAACACAUCAUGAAAGCCUAA